AUGGAGGAAGUGAUUGAGGUAGCUGCCAUAGAAAUUGGUUAUGAUCGUUUGAAAGCAGAGCAGAUGCAAGUUAUAUCUAAGUUUGUUGAAGGGAAUGAUGUGUUUGCCAUGUUGCCAACUGGGUUUGGCAAAUCUCUCUGCUACUUAUGCCUUCCCAUAGUCUUUGACAUGCUUCAGGAUAAUUUUAGGCAGGAGGAUCUCUCUAUUAUAGUCAUUGUAACCCCAUUAACUGCUCUUAUAAAGGAUCAGGUUUGUGCUUCUACUGUGAAAGGUUUAGUUUCCGGUUGUAUAUGUGGAGAUGAUGAAGAUGAUCAUGCAAUGAAACAGUCUGUUGUUGAUGGAAAGAAGAGAAUUAAAGGUUUAGUUAUUGAUGAGGCACAUACAUUAAAGCAGUGGGGUUCAACAUUUCAGCCUAUAUUACUCAGAGUUGAAGAGCUACGUAGUUUGAUGCCUGAAAAUAUAAAAGUUAUGGCAUUGACAGCUACUGCCACACAUUCACUUCGUUUGGAAUUAUCCAAGCUCAUAGGAAUGAGAGACCCUGUCACUGUUUUGUUGCCACCUUGUAAAGGUAACUUGCCCUAUGAAGUAUUGCGAUAUUACUCUAUCGAAGAAAAUUUCAUACCAAUGUUAAAAGAGUUGCAGGUAAUGCGAACAGCUUAUCCUCGCACCAUUGUUUAUUGUCAGCGAAUAGAGGACUGUUGUGACUUAUAUCAGUUUUUUGAGGCUAAUUUAGGAAGGGAUUUCACAGAGCCAAUUGGGGCACCAUCAUUGUCAUGGUUCAGAAUGGUAGACAUGUUCACUAGUUGUACUGAUGUGGAUGUUAAAAACCAUAUAAUCUCUUCCUUUACAAAGCCAAGUAUUUUACAAAUAGUUUUUGCAACUGUGGCAUUUGGGAUGAGUAUUGAUUCACCAGAUGUCCGUGCAGUAAUUCAUCUUGGUCCUCCUCACGAUGUUGAAUCAUACAUCCAGGAAACUGGUUGUGCUGGAAGGGAUGGUCUUCCAUCAAAGGCCACAUGGCUAACAAAGAGAAGUUCUUUUGUUGAUGCUGAUAUGAAAGAUUUUUAUGAAUUUACUACUGACUGUCGUAGGCAUUUAUUAUUCAAAAAGAUGGAGGGAUAUGAUCGUAAUAUUCAUAGGAAACAUUUAACUAAUAUUUGUUGUGAUGUAUGUGCAUUAAGAAAAAAGUGA